AUGCAUCUACUCCUCCAGGCCGUGAGGUUUUCCGCCUCCCUGGCGAUCUGUGCCGCGCUGCUCCCCUCGGUUCUUGCCGAGCCGCUCGCCGCCAGCUCCGGCUUGACUCGAAGCCGCUCCCAACUCACUACCCAACUGCCCCAGUGUUCGGUACGGAUCGAUCUCUUCCUUCUGGUGGUAUCAUGCUUCGAAUCCGCCGUCAACAACUCGACCUGCUCUGCCUCGGACCUGUCAUGUAUCUGCCAGAACCAGAGCCAGUUGCUCAAGAAGUCGGCGUCCUGUGCCCUCUCCAACUGCACGAUAGCAGAGGAACUGAAGACGGAAAAGGUCAUCAAGACGGCUUGUGGAGAACCAACUCGCAAUGAUGGCAACAAGGACCGGGCCAUAUUUUGGAGCCUCUUCGCCGUCACCAUGGUCUCCUUUGGCUGUCGCAUGCUCGCCCGCACGGAUCGCUUCGGCGGGACUAUGUGGUGGGAUGAUUAUUUCAUCGUGGCUUCUUCCGCUGUGGCCUUUGCAGUGACGAUCGGGGCCGAGAUAAUGGUCAUCUUCGGGCUCGGCCAAGAGAUCUGGAUGCUCAGCCCAACGCAAAUCACGGUCGUCCUGGUGCUCUUCUACAUCGCCGAGUUCGCAUACGUUAUCGAGUCCUCGCUCACCAAGAUCUCGAUCGUCUGCCUCUAUCUCAGGAUCUUCCCCAAGAAGGGCUUCCGGCACAUGUGUUUCGCCUUGCUGGCCCUCAUCUCGUGCUUCUGUCUCGUUUUCGUUGUGUCGCUGUUGUGUUACUGCCAGCCGUUCAGCUACGUGUGGACGCGGUGGGACGGGCGCAUGCACGGCAAAUGCAUCGACAUGACGGCCCAGACCUGGGUCUGCGCCGCUAUGAACAUUGUUCUCGACGUCUUCAUCUUCCUCCUGCCAAUUCCGCAGCUAUUGAAACUUGAAACGAACUGGAAAACGAAGAUCGGCGUCAUCCUUGUCUUCCUCCUCGGCCUUUUUGUCACCAUCUGCUCCAUCGCCCGCCUGAGGUUCCUCUCCUCGUGGGCCUCGUCCCCGAACCCGACCUACGACUACUCCGAUCUCGCCUUGUGGUCUCUCAUCGAGCUGUACGCUGGGGUGAUCUGCGCCUGUCUGCCCGGAAUGACCAGCCUGUUCCGCCGGAUCAAGCACCAGCACACGGAGAAGAAGAAGUCGUCCGCGGCCAACAGCAUGGGGGGCUCACGGAUGUUUACGGGGGCCAGCAGCGGCCUGCGGUCGUUCGCCAAGAACGAAGUAGGAAUUGUCAAGACCACCAACAUAUCUGUCUCGUAUGGGCAGAGGUCGGCGGAUUCGCUCAGUGACGAGGUUGAGCUCAUGGAUCGCGAGAUGGGGACGAGCACAAAUCCACGAUCGAAUCCGCCACCGCAAUACACGCCAAGCUACUAG